AAGCGAAGGCGAAAGGGGGAAGAGGAGAACGCUAGCUGGAAGGCAGGUGCAAGCGGGAGGGAAAGGGUACCGCUGCGCCGGGCAGGGGGUUCUACGGGGUCUCAGCCAAUAGGAAGGGAGGAAGAGCUUCCGACGACAUGCUAAGCAGACCCUCAUUUGCAUAGGUAAAGAAACCGAGCGUUCUAUACCGAUGAAUGAGGAGGUGUAAAAAUCCUCCAUACCAAAGCAUUUCUUGUUUGGUUUUGUUUUUAAAAAUGCUUUACUUGAUUGGCCUUGGACUUGGAGAUGCCAAAGAUAUUACAGUAAAAGGGCUGGAAGUAAUAAAGCAGUGUAGCAGAGUAUAUUUGGAAGCCUACACUUCUAUCCUAACUGUUGGAAAAGAAGCACUGGAAGAUUUCUAUGGUAAAGAGCUGAUCCUUGCUGACAGAGAAAUUGUAGAGCAAUAUGCUGAUGAUAUCCUGAAAGAUGCAUAUCAAACUGAUGUGGCUUUUCUCGUAGUUGGUGAUCCUUUUGGGGCAACUACACAUAGUGACCUUGUUCUCCGGGCUGUGAAGCAGGGAAUUCCUUACAGAGUGGUCCACAAUGCUUCCAUAUUGAAUGCUGUUGGCUGCUGUGGUCUACAGCUCUAUAACUUUGGAGAAACAGUUUCUAUUGUAUUCUGGACAGACAUGUGGAAGCCUGAGAGUUUUUUUGACAAAAUUAUAAAAAACAGAAAAAAUGGGAUGCACACACUGUGCCUACUUGACAUUAAAGUAAAAGAGCAGUCAGUGGAGAAUCUCAUGAGGGGAAAGAAAAUCUUUGAGCCGCCACGCUACAUGAGUGUGAAUCAAGCAGCUGAGCAACUUCUUGCCGUGGUCCAGAAUCGCCGGCUACAGGGCCAAGAGCCAGAAGUAACUGAAAACACUGUCUGUGUAGGCUUAGCAAGAGUUGGUGCACUGGAUCAGAAGAUUGCAUCAGGGACUCUACAGGAUAUGAGUACAGUGGCCCUCGGCGAUCCUCUGCACUCUAUGAUCAUAACUGGAAUGUUGCAUCCCUUGGAAGUAGACAUGCUUAAAUUAUUUGCAGUAGAUAAAUCCAUCUUUGAACACCACUGAAUUAGAAACUCUUUGUGCCUUACUGGGAACAGACGCUGAUAAAUUCCUUGUUGGCAACAGACUACUCUACAAAGACGUCAGAUAGCAAGCCCAAUUGUGAUUCCUUUAUGGCUCAGGCUCACAUCGUGCAAUUUGUAAAUGUUUUGUUACUUGACAGAAGUAAAAUAAAAAUUGAGAGCAUUGUAUUGAUUCCACCUGUAUAGCAGGUGAUGGGGGAAUACUCAGUAUGGCAAAAGAGAAAAUUCAAAAGAUUAAAUAUAGCACUUGGCUAAUUGUUUUCAAUGUUAGACUUUUGACAACCAAAAAAAAAAAUUAUUUCUAUCUUGUUGACAAUGUCCCAAGGAAGUAAAUCUGUGUAUCAUUUCCAACUGCGGAUAACAACAACAGUAGCAGUAGAUAAAGCUUGAAUUGAAC